UUUUUGCAGUAAUUUUACUAUAGCAAAUUGUUUUUUAAUAAUAUAAUUUUGUAUUCGGUAUAAAGUAAGAGGAGGUGACAAAUUCAAAGAAAUUCAAACGGAUGUGUUAAGGAUAUACUUUUUCAAGUUUGAUUCUGAGAAAUCGAUACGGAGAUUAUCUUUCGCCAGUCUGCAUGUCAACAUUAUUGACAUUCUACAGUAAGACGCAAGCUGCAGUAGUCAAAAUUGAGUGAUUGAAGAAUGAGUCAUUCAAAGCUUUCGCUCAUUGCACUCAUCCUUUUUCUGAAAAUCUUCUCAUCGAAGCAAGAAUCACUUUGUGACAGAAAGCCUCGAUCUCCCCCUGGUGGUUGUUGUCCUCCGGAAUAUACACAUCAAUGUUGUCCAUUUGCUGGUGAAAAUGAAGUAAUACAAUUUUGUGUGAAAUCAAAAAAACCCAUGAGCUUCAAUAACACUAAAAUCAUUGAUAAUCAGCUAAAUACAUCCGUUUCGUAUCGUGCUCAGUUUGAUCCUAAAAAAGAUUGUGUUCAUAGUUGGCGUACUCAAGCUUGUGCAGGUGGAUUUUACUUGAAUCUAAGUGAACCAAAUCCUCAACCCAAACCUUGUCCUUCAGGAUUCUUCUGUCCACCUAAACAAUACUGUCUUAUACCCUGUCCAUCAGGAGCUUACUGUGUACCAAAGAAAAAGAAGCUUGAAGGGAAUAAAAUUCAAUGUGGUGGUUUUGGCGUGUGCUGUGGUAAAAAUGAACCUCCACUAAUACUGAACACUUCUGUAAGAAAAUGUAACGACGUUGAAGAUAAAAAUUGUUUAUGUGGCGGUACUGACGAACCUAAACCUUGUCCUGAAGGCUACUAUUGUCCUACACCGAAUGAUAAAAAACCAUGUGAGCCUGGGUACUACUGUCGUCCAGGUAGUACUGCGCCUGAUCCUUGCCCGUGGCUUACAAGUUGUAAAAAGAAAAGCUCUGCACCGAUCAUCAACUUCAUUUCUCCAUUAGUAAUUCUUUUUAUUGUCCUAAUCUUAACAACUCUACUGGUGUUGUAUAAUAAAUGGAAUAAAGUCAAGCUCUAUUACAAUCGACUUCGAAAUGGAGAAAGUUUUUUGUCAAAAGAGUUUGUCAGCGUUGACUUUGGCAGAAUGCAAAACAUUGUAAAGGAAGAUGAAAACCGCUUUCAUGAAACUGAGAAAUACACCAUUGACAUAAGCUUUGAAAACUUGGGUCUGACGUUAAAGUCUGGAAGCAGAAAGGUUGUAUUACAAGGAGUCACAGGUCAUGUACGCUCAGGAGAGGUAACUGCUGUAAUGGGACCAUCAGGAGCCGGUAAAACGACUUUCCUCAACACGCUGAGUGGUAAAGCUUAUUACGGGAUAAGAACUGGAAAAAUAUUAUUCAACGGUGAAGCUGUAACAGGAAUAAAAGAAUUUAGAUCUAUAACAGGAUUUGUGCCUCAGGAAGAUACGAUGCAUAGGAAUCUCACGGUUUAUGAAGUUUUAUAUUACCAAGCAAUGUUACGUUUACCAUCUGAAACUAAAAAAGCAACCAUCGAGUUGAAAAUAAAGGAGACACUGAACAUACUUGAAAUUUCUCACGUUGCUGACUCGCUUAUCGGGGAUGAGGAAACAAGAGGAAUUUCUGGAGGACAACGAAAAAGAGUAAACAUUGGAAUGGAAUUGAUUGCUGAUCCAACUUUGCUUUUUUUGGAUGAACCUACCAGUGGUUUAGACAGUACAUCAAGUUUGUCUGUGUUGAGAUCACUACGAAAAGUAGCUGAGCAAGGAAAAUUGACGGUGUUGUGCGUCAUACAUCAACCUCGUUUUGAAAUAUUUCGAAUGUUUCACAACAUUUUGCUUCUUGGUCCUGGCGGUAAAACAGUUUAUCAAGGCAACGUACCUAACGCAGAGGAAUACUUUUCAAACCUCGGAUUUAAAACACCUGCAAAUGUUAAUCCGGCUGACUUUUAUAUGGAUGUGAUUGGUGGCUCAGUUGAGUCAUCUAAAAAUGGAGAAAUUGAUCUAUUUAAUGCCUGGAAUGACCACUCACAAAGUACUAUGAUCUCCAGUCAUGACGAAGAACAACCCAAACCUAAAGUAAAAAAACGUGUUCUUCCUAAUCCGUUUAUUCAGCUUCUCAUAUUCACUCAAAGAGAAUUUAUUCUUCAAUAUCGAUCAAGAAAAACUUUGUUAAUUGAUACAUUUCUUGUUUUCUUUGCUGGGGCUGUUCUUGGAGCUCUUUAUCUUGAGGUAACUUUAGAAAAGUUUACUGGUUUGACAAGAAUGAGUGGAAUGGCUAUUGGUUUGACGACAAUGUUAGCAUCUCUGAGAUGUUUUGGAAAUCACCGAACUACAUUUUGGAGAGAAAGUGCUUCUGGUGUUAACCGUUUUAGCUAUUUCCUUGCUGUAAACUUUUCCCAAAUUCCCAUCUUAUUGAUUAUGCCAUUGGUCUACCUGAGCUUUCUAUACACUCUUACCUCACCUAGAUCCUAUCUUGCGGCGCAUUACAUAGCUGUAUUUUGUGCUCAGUUUUGCUGCUCCGGAAUUGGUUAUGCAAUAUCCACAAUAUUUAAUCCUAAGAGUUCCCAAAUGGCAUCUGUCGUUGUAGUAUUAGUUAUGGCUAUGUUGUCUGGUUUUUCUCCUACUCUAUGCAAGCUAGACAAAUUAACAUUUUUUGGACCACUUGCUUACAACCUUUCAUUUAUCCGUUGGUUUGUCGAAGCCCUGUUUGAAAAGGAAGCAUUACGUUAUCCUGAAGUUGAUCGUCCAAAACGUGACGGCAUCGCUUUUCAAGAUCAUUACAGUUUAGAUGGAAACUAUUCUUUCUGUUUGGGAAUGAUUGUUAUCAUGGCUUUCGUUUAUCGUUUGUUUGCUUUAUUGUUUUUGUUGUUUACAAAUCGUGGAAAACAGCAAUAAAACAAAGCAAGAGGAUAGUUUUGCAAAGGUAUAACUCGUAUAUAUCAUAGCGUAGUAAUAAAAAAUUUCAGUGAAGGCAAGGAAAACAUCAUUGCUCAUCGUGUCUUCAACGUUUUUAUAGCUAGUAGUUUUUAUAGCUAGUAGUAACAAAAAUAUUAUAACGACAUAGUGUUCUGUAAGCUGUGACACCUGUUACUUUUUUGUCUUGGUAACUUUUCAUGUCAUAUGAAUAAAAUUAACUAUCAAUUAUAUACCUUCAAUGAAUUUGACAAAGUGAACAAUUUAUGAUAAAAUCUUCAGGUUAGAAUGAUGUCGAUAUUACAAUUUACUUGAAAAAUCUUCCUAUUAUGUCCAAUGCACAACAUACCAAUGUAAACCAUAAUAUUAUGUAUUAUAACAACCCCAAUACGUAAUAGAUUCAAUCAAAACAGCAAAUUAA